AUAUUAACCUAACUUUAUCUGUCUCAACCUAACCUCUGUUGCGGGUUUAUUUACUAACAAAUUCAGUGAACUAGCAAUAAUUUCUGGGACUAUUGAUCCUUCAAUGAUUUUAGCAGCCUUACUGUUACCUGGUGUGAUACUUUUACUCUAAAAGUGCGUUGGGAUCGUUAGAAAUUAUACGAAUUUAAAAAAUGACUAACAUAACCUUAAACCCAUUUGAAUUCAUAGAAAUUUAAUGCCCGGUGCUGAUCUCUCAGAUCGCUGCCAAAUAAGAAAACUUCUCGCUAGGUUGAACUUAUACUUUUAUGCCUUUGGAAAUAGUCAAACAUAAAACGUUGUUGGUAAGCAAGGCCCUCAAAUAACAAGUGGCCACCAAUCUACAAUGAGUGACACAGUUCGGUUUGCUGCUGAGGACGAGCAGAUAGAAGAAUUUGACACAGACGAUGAUGAUUCCGAGACCGAAACAGCUCCAACAAAAACAGCGGCACCAAAAUCUGCAGUAAUUAAAAACAUUGAACCGCGUCGACCCCUGCCAGUCAAACCUCCUUUGGUUAAUCAGUACAGGCCCAAAAAAGCUGAACAGAAGAUAACGAUAAAUAUAAAAACGCCUCUGAUAGCUGAACCGCAGAAAGUUGCGCCGAAAUCACCGGAUAAAGAAGUAAGUGCCGACAAAAGCGUUGUUGAAAAGCCAGAAAAAGAACCGAACAGCAAUGAAAGUGCUGUUCCAAAACAAAGUGCAGAUACAACAGCAACAGAUUAUGAAAAGCACUUGUCGUACGAAGGUUCUCUUUGUAUUUAUACGGAACCUGGAACUGGACGGAAACUGAUUUGGAACACGGAGCAAAAUGCUUGGGUGGCUAAACCGGACGAAAAUAAUUCACAGAAUAAGCAGAUGUCAGAUAAUUCAAAUGAGCCUGUAAAAUCUGAAGGAGAAAUUUAUGAAGCAUCCAGGUCUGAGGAUGAUGUGAAUUCUGAAACGGUUGGCGAUGAACCAGUCAAAAAUACGACAGAAAGAACAGGGCCUGAAGCUGCUAUGCCUGGUGGUAUUUACGGAUUUGAAGGAGAUACUCAUACCUACACCGACCCCAAUGACGGAAGUGUAUACAUGUGGGAUAGAGACAAAAAUGCAUGGUUCCCCAAGGUCGACGAUGAAUUUUUGGCAAGGUAUCAAAUGAGUUACGGUUUCACAGAUUCUUCUGCUGCUGAGCCGAACAUUCCAGUACCUCAAGUGACAGUAGAUCCGAAAACUGAGAAGGAGAAUCGAAAAGCUGAGGCAAAAAGAAAGGCCCAGGAACCUUCGACGUGGUUCGAAGUCGACGAGGCUCACAAUACUGCGGUUUACAUCACUGGUCUUCCAUUGGACAUUACAAUGGAGGAGCUUACGGGGAUUGUUACCAAGUACGGGCUCUUGGCUCGCGAUGACAAAGCUAAGGAUAAAAUCAAGCUGUACAAGGAUGAGGAUGGUCAACCAAAAGGAGAUGCUCUCGUCACGUACAUAAAGGUGGAGUCUGUCAACCUCGCUCUGCAUCUGUUGGACGGAUCUCAAAUCAGAGGCAACACUUUGUCGGUCCAGAGAGCAAAGUUUCAAAUGAAGGGAAAGUACGACCCGGGGCUUAAACCCAAGCGAAAGAAGAGGGACAAAGAACGGGCGAAGAAGAUUCACGAAAAAUUGUUCGAUUGGAGACCAGAACCAAUGCGCGGCGAGCCACAAAAGUGUGAACGAGUUGUCGUUAUAAAAAAUCUCUUCAGCCCAGCUGAUUUCGACCAGGAAGUUACUCUGCUUCUCGAGUAUCAGCAGGAUUUGCGAGCCGAAUGUUCGAAGUGCGGUGACGUCAAGAAAGUUGUCCUUUACGACAGACACCCCGAAGGCGUUGCUCAAGUCACAUUCAAGGAACCAGCUGAGGCGCAAGCUUGCAUACAGCUGUUGAACGGGCGCUGGUUCGCCCAGAAGAAGAUAUCGGCUGAAAUAUGGGAUGGAAAGACCAAGUACAAAAUCGUCGAAACGGAGGCCGAGAUUGAGGAGCGCAUCGCGAAAUGGGACAAGUUUUUGGACGAUGAAGAUGACAAGAAGGAAGCCGCCAAGAAGAAGGCGGCAGAGGACUGUGAGGCAGAACAAAAAACUGCAGUCUAACCUGAGAGAGGGACGCGUCGAUGUUCACUCCAACUCUAUAAUGUGUUUGAUUUUUUUUUUCAAUUAAAACUUUCAGGCAACUCCCAAAUUUUCUUCAAAUUCCAAUAUGACCCAUAGAAUCAGUGCGAUUGUGCUGAUUUUGUCUAUUUUCCUUGCUGCUGUUUUAUAUUUUUAUUUUUUUCUUAAUGUUCUUGAAAAUUUCUGUAAGGGCGAGUAAAACCGGAAAUCGUAAUCACUUGCCAUUAUUGAUUCGUGAUACGAUACAGCCGGAAAAUUGAUUUCAGAGUACAGACUUAUUGUACGUGUAAUUUUAAAUACAUACAGCUAUGGCCGACCGAUCGCUGCUAUAUUAGCAAUAUCGGUUAAAAAUUGUUGUUGAUAGCUUGUAAGGUAUAAUAAUACUAAAUGAGCAAUUUCA